AUGUCAGAUUUCUCGCGAGUGUUGCGCAAGUGUAAUGCAAGAUAUGCAAGUUGCUUCGAGUUAUGCUUGUGGCAUGUGCUCGCACUUUUCAAGGAGCGUUUGGACUCAGUCGGCACGAGGGUUGAAGCUGCCGUGGCUGCGGAGCCUGUGCCAACAACGUGGGAGUGGACUAUUCUGAAUCCGAAUGCCAAGUUCAAAGCGAACUGCGGAUGCCCGUUGGUUUCUACUCCCUUCAGCUUGGCCGGUUUCGAGGGCAUGCGUGCGAUCUUUACGCCUGGGACACUUUGGCUCAAUGCACAGCCGAAGGACCCCAAGAAGCAACGGAAGGAGAAGGUUUGGCCAAAAGCAUGCCGCUACGGAUCGCUGCAGCUGAAGUUCAGUGAGCGACCAAAUGCGAAGCAGAUCAAAAUCUACUUCACGAUCGGCUCGUGCCGGCUCGGUCCACUGGCUGCUUCUGUGGAGCACUGCACGUCCCAGGUUUGCGAGCUCAGCAUGGAUUGGCGCUCCCACAUUGACAAAGCUGGGAGUGCACUGACUAUUGGUGUCGAGGUUUGGGCAGAUUGA